AUGAUUGGGCAAUAUCUUUUCUCCACUCAUACCACCACUCUACCAUUACUUUUAUGUUUUCUACUGUUAAUCAACUUCCCAAACCUCAUUUCCCCCCAAUCCAUCAGUCAGCCUAAUGGACCUAUUUUUUCAAAUCCAUUUUCACCGUCCUCGGUCGCGACAGCUACGUUGACCUCGCUUGUGAGUGACCAACCGUCCUCGACUGCACCAGACAGAGCAUCGACUUCCGUUGUGAGGAACAGAACAAGAAACUCUGCGGUGAAUAGCGGAUCUCCAACCUCGACCGCAGCAAGCGAUACACCAAUCUCGAUCGUGUCAAGCGAUACACCAACUUCGAUCGUGUCAACCGACACAUUAACCUCGAUCGUGUCAAGCGACACACCAGCCUCUACUGUGGUCGUAACAAGUGACACAUCAUCUACUACUGUCACAAGCGGUCCACCAACCUCAAUCGUGGAGAACACUUUGUCAGAGUCUUCUGUUCAAGAAUCAUCAGUUUCCACCCGCGCAACGAACUCACCGAUCAGCCCAAUAAGUUCGGCACCAAACAGUGGAGCAAAAUGUGUAGACAUUACAAAUCACACGAGAUGCACUCAACACGCCUCGAUUAAUCCAAACAAGAUCCGACUGGUCGAAACCAAAACACAAAUUGAUGUAUAUAAUAAGAAUUGUGGGCAAUUCGGACAGCUUGACGCCCAUUACCUAUCCAACGACCUUCCAAAUAUUGUCGUGAUGAUGGCUCUGGCCGGUUGGUUGGGAUAUUUGAUGGUGUUGUUGAACAAAGAAUUGGGCGAAAAGAUUUAUCAGAAAGUUGGUCCCGAUAAAACGAUGCAAGGUAAUCAAGUCAAUCAAUCAAUUGAAGAAUUUACCUCUUAUCCCUCAACGUGA